CAGAAGCCGUAAUUUUGAAUGCAGCUAAAAAGAUUUGUCAGGCAAACUAUGCGUGUAAAAUUGUGUCUGGGGCGGCAGAAGACGCGCUGUGCUUAGAGAACAGGUUGUCGGACCACUGCAGGAAUUUCACUAGGUCGUAGAGAACUGACGCGUAAUUCACGCGGGCGACUCCAGCUCCGUUCUGCAUCGGAUUCUGGAGGCUGCGUGCAGGGAUGUCGGAAUGGCUUGUACCAGGAGAACCAAAACUUUGGUGUCUACGUGCGUGAUCCUGAGUGGCAUGACCAACAUUGUCUGCCUGUUGUAUGUCGGAUGGGUAACUAAUUAUAUCGCCAAUGUGUACAUCAAAGUUCCGAUGCCUGUCCCAGCGAAAAAGUUGGAAGGCGACAAAAAGGGAGAAACUCUACGGAUUAUAGAACGACUCGAUCGUCUCGAGAAUGUUGUUAAUCAGCAUAUCCAAGAGACCCCGCUGAGGGGUGACAGUGGUCAGGUGGACCACUCUUUCUCUGACUCCUCCCUCUUCAGCCACUGGGGCCAGGAGCUGAGCCCAGAGAGCCGUCGGGUGGCCCUCAAGAUGUUCCAGUACUACGGCUACAACGGCUACCUCAGCGACCGUCUGGCCAUGGACAGACCCAUCCCGGACUACCGACCCGAAGGGUGCAAGAACGUCACCUACCCCAGCGGCCUCCCCCAGCUCAGCAUAGUGUUCAUCUUUGUAAACGAGGCUCUCUCCGUCCUCCUGCGCUCCGUCCACUCCGCCAUGCAGAAGACGCCUGGCCACCUCCUGAAAGAGAUCGUCCUGGUGGACGACAACAGCAGCAGCGAGGAACUGAAGGAUAAAUUGCAGGAGUUUGUGGAAGAGACGAAUGCUAAGCGCCCGGCCUUCAUCAAGGUGGUUCGUCACAGCAAACAGGAGGGGCUGAUCCGCUCGCGUGUGAGCGGCUGGAGGGUUGCCACCGCCCCCGUGGUGGCCCUGUUCGACGCCCAUGUAGAGUUCAACGUGGGCUGGGCUGAGCCCAUUCUCCAGAGGAUCCAGGAGGACAGAACGCGGAUCAUAUCGCCGUCCUUCGACAACAUCAAAUACGACACGUUCGAGGUGGAGGAGUACCCGCUCUCCGCUCAGGGCUUCGACUGGGAGUUGUGGUGCCGAUACCUGAACCCACCCAAGUCCUGGUGGAAUUUGAACAACACCACUGCUCCGAUCAGGAGUCCUGCUCUGAUUGGCUGCUUCGUGGUGGACAGGCAGUACUUUGCGGAGAUCGGGCUGCUGGACGAAGGCAUGGAGAUCUACGGUGGAGAGAACGUGGAGUUGGGUGUGAGGGUGUGGCAGUGCGGUGGCAGUGUGGAGGUGCUGCCCUGUGCCCGAAUUGCCCAUAUCGAGCGCGCCCAUAAGCCCUACACCGAGGACCUGACUGCACACGUGCGUCGCAACGCCCUCAGGAUGGCUGAGGUGUGGAUGGACGAGUUCAAGAGCCACGUCUACAUGGCCUGGAACAUCCCACAGGAGGACUCUGGCAUAGACAUUGGGGAUGUCUCGGCGAGGAAGACCCUCAGGAAGAGGCUGCACUGUAAGACGUUCCGCUGGUAUCUGGUGAAUAUCUACCCCGAGAUGAGGAUGUACACAGACACCAUUGCUUAUGGAGUGCUAAAGAAUUCUCUGAGGAGUGAGCUGUGCUUGGAUCAGGGCCCAGACACAGACAACGUCCCCAUCCUGUACCUCUGCCAUGGAAUGACCCCUCAGAACGUCUACUACAGCAGUGCGGAGCAGCUCUACGUGGGCGUCCUUAGCCCGACCAUCGACGACGAUGACAACAAGUGCCUGGUAGACGUGAACAGUCGACCCAGGCUGAUCGAGUGCAGCUACGCAGUGGCUAAGCGCAUGAAGCUCCGCUGGCUUUUUACUCAGGGAGGCUCCAUACAGAACAGGAAGUCAAAGCGAUGCCUUGAGCUCAUGGAAAGCAACGACAAUGAGUUUGGAUAUCAGCUGAUUCUCCAAAAAUGCACUGGACAGAAAUGGACUAUCACCAACAUACUGCCCGGUAGCACCUUAUAAAGGGAUCAGAGUGAAGAAAAGCCAAAUACAGUACACUGGACACCAUUGAGGGGACCUGCUGAGUGCAAGGAGACCAAAAUGCAGCUGGAUGUCUCUAUUUGAACUUGGCAUCAUAUGCUAAAUGUUAAACAUUUUUUCCUAGCUACUGUACAUGUGCAAAAGAAUCGGCCAUGUUGGGCAGAUACUGCGUUGUGCAUUUUGAAGUUUCACACUGUUCUAUUUGUGCAAGUCAUUCUUGGGUUCGUCUUGACUUGAAAGUUUGACUUGGGCCCAGUGCAAUGGUGUUUCUGGACUGGGCCCAUAUUUGCUACUGUGUAGCAAGCUUUGGCAAUGAUUCUUGCUGUAUUUCUUUUCUUCUAGUGUCUCAGGUUUGUAGUUUGAGAUUAUUUUAAAAAUCAAGCUGUACAUUUUGGGGACAUGUCAAUAUGUUGAAAUAUAUAUAGAGAUACAAUCAACUAUUUUAUAUCUUUAUGUAAAUAUUCUCAGUAUUUAUAAUAUAUGGCAUUAAAAG